AUGGAGAAUACAAAGCCAACUGGGAUGCGGCGUGCAUCUCAUUGGUCUACUGAAGUCGAAAAUGCAUAUAGGUUUCAGUUGGCGGGUUACAGAGACGAAGUGGAAUAUUUUAACUAUAAUAAUGCUGAUCCAGAGAAGUGGACAAAUACGGGAUUUGUUAAAAAACUGAAGCGACGAGAUGGUCUGUUCUACUAUUUUAACAAGAAUAGGGAGUGUCCAGACAAAGAUAUACCGAAAUGCAAACUAUACGUAUAUUAA